AUGAGCACCUACCAGCUAGGCCAUCACAACAGCUUCUCAUCCAUGCGCAGCUCAAAAUCAAGUGUCAACGCCAUCGUUACUGAGGUUACCAAGCCCGUCGCCACAGGCAGUGGAGUUGCUUGCUCUAUUCUUCUGGCCGAGCCCAACCUAUUCCUCUCGGGUUUUGAUCACAAUGGCCAUGAGCGCCGUGAAUCUCGUGCGGGCACCGCCCUUCUCAGAGGCAGGAUGCAGCUGACUAUCAGCAAAAACGUCAAAAUCAAGGCCGUUCAGUUGAAGCUCGUUGGUCGCGCGCGCACAGAAUGGCCCGAGGGAAUUCCCCCGUUAAAACAAGACUUGUACGAAGAGGAAAGUCUAAGAACGCAAGUCCUUACGUUUUUCAAUGCCCUGAAUGACGGGUGGGAGACCGAGUACGGCAACCAAUGCACCUACAAGCUCAAGGGCGGCUCUGCAAACUCAAGCAGCACUGGCUUGAAUACCUCAUCCGGCGUCUCUCCAUCUUCAUCAAUGCGAAACAACCUGACAUCCAAAGAACUCAAGCGCCUCUCUCUUCAAAAUGUCCAGUCUCGAAGUUUUGGAAAGGGCGAGAGCGGAGUGGUAACUCCCACUCAGGCCAAGGGAUUCAAGGUGUUUUAUCCUGGCGUCUACGACUAUUCUUUUGAGCUUCCCAUCGAUCACCACCAACUCGAGACCACCAAGCUGCAAUAUGCCUCGGUCAAGUGGGAGCUUCACGCUACCGUUGACCGCGCCGGCGCUUUCAAGCCCAACCUCCACGGUGUCAAGGAAGUCCCCAUCAUCCGGUUGCCGGAUCAGAUGUCACUCGAGAUGUCUGAGCCCAUUUCUAUCAGCCGUCAAUGGGAAGACCAGCUCCACUACGAUAUCAUGGUCUCUGGAAAGAGCUUUCCCAUUGGAGCCAAGAUCCCCAUCGCAUUCAAGCUCACGCCUUUGGCCAAGGUUCAAGUCCACAAGCUCAAAGUCUACAUCACUGAGUCUGUCGAGUACUGGACCAGCGAUAAGCGUGUGACGAGGAAAGAUCCUGGCCGAAAGAUUUUGCUUCUCGAGAAGACGGCAGGAAAAGACCUCGACCCCUCGUGGGCUGACUCGGAAGUCAUCACCGUUCGCGGCGGCGAACUUACUGAAGAGCAACGCCGGGUCGCUCGGGAUACCGCCGCAAGAAGACGAGCCCACGACGCCGCCAGGAGGAAUCAAGCUCCAGAGCCGCUGCCUGCGCCGGUGGAUAAUCUCCUCGGCGACUUGGAUCUGGGCCUUGAGAACAUGUGGGGUUCCACCGAGAUUGAGGCGAGCGUGCAGAUUCCGACGUGUGAAAUGAUGGCCAAGAACAAGGCUCUUCGAUUACACCCUGACUGCAGCUGGAAGAAUGUUAAUGUCUUCCACUGGAUCAAGGUUGUUAUGCGAAUUAGCCGCUUAGAUGCCGAUGAUCCUUCAGGCACCAAGCGCCGUCAUUUCGAGAUCAGCAUUGACUCUCCGCUCACCAUUCUCAACUGCCGGGCCACCAAGGCCAACACUUAUCUGCCAGCCUAUUCCGGCGAGAUGAACCGACCCUCUCCUUACCAGUCAGCUUGCGGCUGCCCCGACUCGGCAACAAUUGCCAUGGAGACAUCUCCAAACUCUUCGACUGGAACUCUUCCGGAACCCGAGAGACUGGCUGACAGCCUGCCUGCUCCGCCUCAAGCCGUCCACUUACAAUCAGGGGCCCCAGCGGCAACUGGUAGACAAAGCCCAGCAGCCUGGUCGUCGGCAGAGAGACCCGGCCGCCCUAUCCAUCUGCUACGGGCUCCCAGCUUUAACCCACCUGCCUUUGAAGACGAUACCGCACCGCCUCCUGCAAGCACCGCCGUCUAUGACCAUUCAGAUAUCCCUCAGAUCAUGACACCGCCUCCCCAGUAUGACGCCAUUGUUGGCACGCCCAGCAGCAUUGAUGGCCUCGCCGAUUAUUUCACCCGAUUAGCUGAGUACGGACUCGACGACCAUGAGGGCUCUGGUUCAGACGGCGAUGAGUCGCCUCCAAGAAUCCUAGACCGAAACGGUCGUGUCAACGUGGCUCACCCACGAACCCCUGGUGGUAGAAGGAUGCCCAGCCGAAGCAUGGAAAUCCCCCGACCACCUAUGGACCUUAACAUUAGUGCUUUGCUUCAACGUUCUGCUUACGUUCGAGACGAGGCGCAGGCACAGGCGCAUGCGCAACAAGUAUAA